CAGAAGACGAAGAAUUAACAAGGGAAAAGGAAAACAGCAGUAGCCUACAUGAAUAAGUUAAGAUGGAGAUUGAAGACAUGAGUGAUCCUGAACCAUGUAGAAUGACAAAUGAAGAUACUGAGGAACUAAGAAACCCGAUGGAAGUGGAAGAAGAAAGUCAAAAAUGUUAUGAAGUGGAUGUGAAAACUCAGUAUCAGAAACCAGAUGAAUUCAUAACUGAAGAAAAAAAUUUCAGUUGCUCAAAGAUUGAGAAGAAUUUGUUACAAAGAAGAUCACAAAAAACAAGAGCCAAGAAAUCUUUAACCUGCACUCGGUGUGGAAAGAGUUUCACAAGAAAAGAUACUCUGAACAAUCACAUGAGAAUUCACUCUGCAGAGAAGCCUUUCACAUGCCUCCAAUGUGGAAAGAGUUUUACAUGUAAAGGGAGCCUUAACAUUCACAUGAGAAUUCACUCUGGAGAGAAGCCUUUCACAUGUCUCCAAUGUGGAAUGAGUUUUGCAUAUAAACCAAGCUUUAACAGUCACAUGAGAAUUCACACCGGAGAGACCUUGACAUGCCUUCAAUGUGGAAAGAGUUUUACACAAAAAGGACACCUUAAUUGUCACAUGAGGAUUCACACUGGAGAAAGCCCUUUCACAUGUCUUCAGUGUGGUAAGAGUUUUACACGUAAUGAGCACCUUCAGAGGCACACGCAAAUUCACACUGGAGAGAAGCCAUUCACAUGUCAUCUGUGUGAGAAUAGUUUCGCUCGUGAAGAACAUCUUAAGAAUCACAUGAAGAUUCACACUGGAGAGAAGCCUUUCAUGUGUUUUCAGUGUGGAAAGAGUUUUACACGGGCAGCCAAUCUCCAAAUUCACCAGCGUACUCAUUCACAACACCAAAGAAUGCAUACUGGAGAAAAACCUUACAAGUGUUCAUAUUGUGAAAAGAGUUUCAGUCACUCAGGAAUCCUGAAAAAACAUGCAAGAGUGCACACUGGAGAAAAACCUUACAAGUGUUCACAUUGUGAAAAGAGUUUCAGUCAGUCAGGAAACCUGAAAACACAUGAACAAGUGCAUACUGGAGAAAAACCUUACAAGUGUUCACAUUGUGAAAAGAGUUUCAUUUGGUCCUCACUCCUAAAAUCACAUGAAAAAGUGCACACUGGAGAAAAACCUUACAAGUGUUCACAUUGUGGAAAGAGUUUCACUCAUUCAAGUAUCUUGAAAGAGCACCAAAGAAUCCACACUGGAGAAAAACCUUACAAGUGUUCACAUUGUGGAAAGAGUUUCACUCAGUUAGGACACAUGAAAUCACACAAAAGGGGGCACACUGGAGAAAAACCUUACAAGUGUUCACAUUGUGGAAAGGGUUUCAGUCGCUCAGGAAUCCUGAAAAGACACGAAAAAGUGCACACUGCAUAAGCCAUACACUGCUCUGUGAGAUGAGCGUUAGCUCAAGUUCUCUAAAGAAACAAAUGAUUCAUCACAGUAAGAAAUUGUAAGAAAUGAUUUUUCUUGUGGUUCAUUUAAACAAAUAGUGAGAAAUUCUGAUAAACCCCAAAAGUACAUUUCAGCUAAGAGGGUAAUGUGUUAAAAUUCACUUCAAGAUCAGCUGAAUCUCUGUCUCUUCCACUUCAUGUCAUGAAGAUGAACUGUUCAAGAACUGUGCUUUCAAGAAUAUCAUGAUUAUUUUUAACCGGUUUUUACAGUUAAAUGCUUCUGUCUGUUUUUUUUUUUUUUUUUGGAUAAUUGUGACUUUUAUUUGAGUGCAUUAAUCUGUCCCUCCUAAAUUAGAUUAAAAGCUGCAUGUAAAAUGCAUCGUCUCAUGCUAACAAGUUCUGUCAUCUUUUGGUGACAGAACAUCUGCGGUGGUUCUUCAGUUUAGUUAAGUGUGAAUGCAAUGCCAUAGGGUUGGUCCUUUGUCUCCGUGAUAACCACAAAACCCAAAUGGCUUGAUUAUGUUCAGGGCCGUAGCUAGUGGGGUUAAAGUUGGUAAUGAUUCUUGGGGCCCACAGUUCCAGGGGGGGCCCACAACAAAUGAUAUUUGUCCUUUUUAUUUAAUAAUAUAUUUUUUUUCCCUUUUCUUCCAAUUUGGAAUGCCCAAUUCCCCUCGUGGUGGUGCGUUUACUCACCUCAAUCGGGGUGGCGGAGGACAAAUCUCAGUUGCCUCUGCUUCUGAGACGUCAAUUCGCACAUCUUAUCACGUGGCUCGUUGUGCACAACACCGCAGAGACUCACGACACGUGAAGGCUCAUGUUACUCUCCGUGAUCCACACGCAACUUACCAUGCGCCCCAUUGUGAGCGAGAACCACUAAUCAUGACCACGAGGAGGUUACCACAUGUGACUACCCUCCCUAGCAACUGGGCCAGUUUGGUUGCUUAGGAGACUUGGCUGGAGUCACUCAGCAUGCCCUGGAUUGGAACUCGUAACUCCAGGGUUGGUAGUCAGUGUCAAUAAUAAAUGUUUUUGUUAAUAGGGAUCAGGGCAAUAUACAGACAGGGGGCCCAGAAUACCAUGCUAUAGCCCUGGUUAUGUUAAUUAGUUUAAAAGGUCUAGAGGCACUCCCAUUCAGAAGUAGUGUCCUGUAAAUUAAAUCAAAAAGUGUUCCAAAAAAAAAACUGCAUGCUUUCUACUGGAUAUGAGUUUCAUGAGUGUGUGCCCAAAUUCGUCUAAGAGCUCAAUGUUUCAAGAUAAAUGGAUUAGUUUGUUUAAUCACAUCGUCCAUUGCUGUUCAAAAAUAAAGGAAUACAUAU